CAAUUCGUUUUCUUUGUCAAUAAAAUUGAUUCCAAAACUCUCUAAUUUGGCCGUAAGCGCACAUGCGAAAACAAAGCUUGAAAAAGCGGUAAAUAGUGUUUUAAACACAUCUAAAAACCAAUUCUUGCAUUUCGCGCACUGUGAAGAUGGAUCCAGAAUUGAAAAAGGCAUUUACUGAAAUGCAGGUGAACAAGAUCGAUUCUACUAAGAAGAUUCGCCUGCUUCACAUGAAAACGGAUAGUUUGAAGCUUUCUAAGCAGCGUAUCGAAGUAACGAAUCGACACAUCUCCAACCUUGAUCCUGCUACCAGAGUGUAUGCAUCCGUUGGUCGUAUGUACGUGUUGAACGAUGUGCCAACGUUGACCGAACAGCUAAAAACGAACCAAGCUUCUUACGAAGAAAUGAUAGCACAGUGUGAGAAGAACAAAGACUUCUUGAUUAAAAAUCUCAAGGAUCAAGAAGAAAGUCUUCGCGAGCUGGUACAACAGAAGAAGGCGGAGACGACCGAAACGAAUGGGAAGCCAGCGGAAUAAUUGUACGGAGUUAUAAUUUAACCUCAACGAACAAUAAAUUAAUAAUCAAAUCAA